GCUUUUGUUGACUGUCAAACUACGUUUAUGUGUGUCUCCAAGAAAUAAACAAAACGUUCUGCAUCAAACAAAGUGCGUACUGAACACACACUGUUUUUGUGUUGAUUUUGCGUUAAUUUUGAACCAAAUUUAUCGUAAGCAAUUUCCAUCAGCGUUAAACAUUGAACAAGUGUCAUCACGAUGAGCAAAAAGAAAUCCACGAAGUCGGCCAGCAAACCAGUUAUUAAAAAUGAAAGCAUUGAUGAGAUUUGGGACGAUCGUUUGUUGAUUAAAACAUACGAACUGGCAGUUAAAUUGCAAAAUUCCGAUGUGGCCAAAAGCAUUGCAAGCGAUACAAAUAAGAAAACAGCAUCGAGUGAACGUCAUCUUUUCGUAAGGGCUGACACAAGUUCCGAUGAUGAUUUGGUUCAAAGCAACACGUUGGCCGAAGGUGUUGCGAGUGGCACAAGUAAACGGUCGGUAUCAUUGCAGCAGUACAUGAGUACUGAUGAUGAGACCGAUCAAAAUGGUACGUAUAAAGUGGGUGAUUAUGUGCGAGCCACCUAUGAUGUGGACAAUAUCGAUUACGAGGCGCAAAUCAUUAGCAUCGAUGAAGAGAAUGACGAAUGCGUAGUAAAAUUCAUUGGCUAUGACAAUGAGCAAUCGGUUCGAUUGGUCGAUUUGGUAGAUUCGUGGGGCGAAGAAGAGCAACAGAAACAAGAAUUGGAAGCAGCUGCCGAUGUCGAAGAGUCAGUUGGUGACAGUGAAGAUUACAAUUAUCCCAAAGAAGUCUAUCGAAACGAUGAUUUGCAUAACAGUCCCUUGCCCAUGCCACCGAUCCCGCCGAUGCCACCCAUGUUGAAAGAAUCACUCGGCGACGAAUCGGAACACUUUUCGGCGAUGCUAAUGUCCUGGUACAUGAGUGGUUACUACACUGGCCUAUACCAAGGUCACAAACUUGCCAAACAACAACAACAACAACAACAAAGCAAAAAGUCAUUGAAACGAAAGUGAAACGAUUUUAUCUCCAUUUUAUCUAUAAUUUAAGACUUCUUGAUUUGUUACUGCAGGAGUAAGAAUUACAAUAAACUUUUCCGAAUCAUUCACAAAUGAAAAUUCA